UCGAAAGUUCUCAUUAUCAUAUCACAUUCUGAAAAAGCUUUUCUGUUUCGGCAUUUACCUCUUCAUCCUGAGCUCUUAAUUAAUUACCGCCUGUGAUAAUUAACUAACUUCUGAUUAUGGCUUUCUUAUGCUCUCGUAACAUGCUCUUCUCAAUUUUAAUGAUGAUUUCUCUUCAUCAAGUCGUGUAUGUCUCCUCCUUGGAAUUUCAAGUUGGUGACACUACUGGUUGGGCAGUUCCUCCCUCAAAUGACACCAAUUUUUACAACAAUUGGGCUUCCAAUAUGAGGUUCAAAAUCGGCGACACCAUUCGUUUCAAGUACAAGAAGGACUCAGUGAUGGAGGUGACAGAGAAUGAAUACAAGAAAUGCAACUCAACUCGCCCCCAUUUCUUUUCCAACAAUGGAAACACGAUGUUCACAUUGGAUCGUUCAGGCUAUUUUUAUUUCGUGAGCGGGGCAGCAGGACAUUGUGAGAGAGGAGAGCGUAUGAUCGUUAGGGUUCUGGUACAGGAUGUAAUCAAUGAUUAUUCUGCAGCAUCGGCUACCACAUGGGCACUCUUUCAACAACUUUAUGCUCUUCCCCUUUUGGUCUUUCUUGUUUCACUUAUCUACUAGCUAGAUCUUUAGUUUUAUCAAUUUGUUGCUGAUUUCUAGCUCUAGUUUAUGUUGGACUGCUGUUUUAGUACAUUGAUGUUCAUCUGCAUAGACAUACUUUGUUGAAAUAUUUAUUUCUUAUU